CUGAAGGCCCUUUGGAAGCGGUUCAUUAACUUGACUGAACUAAACUUCCUAGUCAUUGAUGAAGCUGACACUAUGUUUGACGAAAGCUUUGCAGGCAUGCUUGAGAAUAUUCUUUCGCAUACCAAGGUGGCAUCCAGGCUUUCUGAUACGGUUGGGCUCGUCCGUAAAGCUCAGCUGGUCGUGGUGGGAGCCACAUUUCCGGGUGGCGUAGGAGAAGUGCUCAGUAAGGUGACUGACCUGGCCAGCAUGGUGACCGUUAAAAGCCGCAUGCUGCAUCAUCUCAUGCCGCAUGUAAAGCAGACGUUUCUCAGGGUCAAAGGUGCAGACAAGAUUCUAGAGCUUCACCAGGCCCUGAAAAAGGCCGAAAUGGAGCACAAAGGCGUUUUGGUGUUCUGUAAUUCGGCUUCCACUGUCAACUGGCUGGGCUACUCAUUGGAGGAAAUGAGUGUUCGCCAUAUGAGGCUACAGGGACAGAUGCCUGCGACUAUGAGAGAAGGAACCUUUAGGAACUUUCAAAAAGGGAGUGUUGAUGUUCUAAUAUGCACUGACAUCGCUUCAAGAGGUUUGGACACACGGAGAGUUGGACUUGUCGUCAAUUAUGACUUCCCUGAGACCCACACAGAUUACAUCCACCGGGCAGGGCGCGUGGGGAGAGCAGGUGGCUCCGAGGGAGGGGAGGUGCUGAGUUUCGUUACACAACCGUGGGAUGUGGAACUUGUGCAGAGAAUAGAGACAGCAGCCAGGAGGAGAACAUCUUUACCAGGAAUGGAAUCAGAAAUUCAGAAACCCAGCCAUGAAACAGAUUUUAAAGAGAUGUAGGAAAAUGAAUAAAUGAAGAUCUACACAUUAGCCUUCUAAAACAAUGAAAUGUUUAUUGUUUAUUU